CUGUGUGUGCUCAUCCAUGCUGUAAAUGGAUUGAUAAUUAAGGACGUCUCAGGUGAAGCCUAAGAAGGUAGAAGAGGAAAUGGAGUGGAGAGGCAGGUAAGAGGAGAAGGUAAAAAUAGAUUUUUAAGAGAAGAGAGAAGGUGAAAAAAGACAAACCUGAAGGAGGGGCAAAGAUGAAUGGGUAAAGUGAAGGUAUGUGACCGAUGGAUAGUGUAAGAGUGAGGGAAAUCAAAGGGAGGGAGAGAGAGAGAGAGGAAAAGAGAAAAAGACCCAGAAAGUAAGAUCUAAAGAAAGAAGAAGAUCUGGUAAGAAUUUCAACACCAAUUAAAGGAAAUAGCAAAGGAAUGAAGGGGGGAUUCUGUUAGUGUGCGACUGCUCUGUUAACAUACAGUAACUCUAUCUGCUCUGAGAUGUUUUAUACCAUAAUGACUUCCCAGUGAUGGGGCCACUCUGCUCUACACACACACACAUCUAAUGAGCACUCGGGGGCUUAUGCACAAUACUGGAACAUCUUUGAUUUGCUUGAAGAAGAGAGCGAAGACGAUCAGCUUUGAUCAAGACGUGUAGACAUUUCUUCCAAGAGACGGCCACAGCAGCUAUGCACCUGUUCUCUCAUCUGCUGUUCUUGACAGUGACUCUUCACUUUGAUGUCAUCAUGGGUGGAAGAGCCCAGCGCAAACAGAGACAGGCUGAAGAGAAACUGAGGCCUUAUUUGGGCAGAGUGGAUCCAGAAUCACUGUGUCAGCUGUUAAAAUGUCACAGUCCCAUUGGUUCCUGGUGCCAAGUAGUGGAUGAUAGAGGCCUUCUUGUCCCGAAAUGUGUGUGUCCAAAGACCUGUCCUCGGCAGGGGGCACCAGUGUGCAGCGUUCUAGGGAAGAUGUACAGUAAUGAGUGUCUGCUUCACAAAGAGGCCUGCCGUAAAAAACGACGCAUUGGCAGAGCACAUACUGGAGUUUGUCUGGUGAGCGAGUCACAGUGCACUGAGGAAGAGUUGGGGCAGUUUCCGUACCGUCUGUUGGACUGGUUCUUACUUCUCAGCAGAAUGGGAGAGAGAUACACACCAGCUGCUCCCUCACAAAGCUGCCUCACACACACACAACGAACUCAGCUUGCACAGAGGAGGUUUGAGCUGCUGGAUCGUAACAGGGACGGGAAGUUGAGCAGGAGAGAUCUGAAGAAGCUGCACUAUAAGCGGAUGCCACUGGAGCACUGCGCACAACGAUUCUUUCAGUCAUGUGACAAGAACAAGAACAAGAAGGUGACCCUGAGGGAGUGGACUUCUUGUCUGGUUAACCGCUAUCAAGAUGGGCUCACCAAAGCUGUGUCCUGUACCGGAUGAUAACCUUUGAUUUCAGUUUUUCUGGGUGGUUUUAUCUGUUCAGCUGUUCUUAAAGUUAUGACGAAAUUACUGUUAACAAUCAAAAUCUGAAUGAAACGUAUAUUACCUAUUAUUACAUAUCUAACCGUUACGUUUUUCAAAUAUAGUUGUUUUGUCAUUAUAUGUAAAGUCUGAUAUAAAUUCAUAACAAG